AUGUCAUCUGAAGAACACCUUGUUACUGCCAGUGAAGGUUGUGAACCUCCGCCUUUCUCUUCAGCAGCAUGUGUUGCAAUAAUACUCGUAUUUUCUAUAAUAUCAGUGAUGACCAUUCUUGGCAAUGGAAUCGUCAUUUGGAUCGUUUUAACCACAAGGCGAAUGCGGACGGUGACUAACUAUUUCCUUGUGAAUCUGUCUGUGAGUGAUAUGCUUACAGUAUUCCAAAUAAUUCCAAAUAUCUACAACGUCUUACUCAAUGACUGGAUCUUUGGAUUAGCCUACUGCAAAUUUUCGCAGUUCUUUACGGCAUUUUCCAUCGCUAUUAGCGUCUUAACUUUCACUGGACUGACUGCGGAUAGGUACGUCGCAAUAAAGUAUCCUCUUCGACCACGUUCUCGGCCGUCGACAAUACUUUGCGUAAUUGCAUUUAUUUGGGUGUCUGCUUUUAUCAUUGGCCUCCCGGGUUUGUUGAAGGCUACUACUAUUAUCAGAUGGAAUGAUACCGCAUAUACUAGCAAUAAGUCACUUCCUUUCAACGAAACGACUUACGCGACCACUGAGCAAAUCUUCCAGCCCCGCUUUUCGACGGAAUAUAACGAGGGUCAAGAGCAUAAUUAUUCGAUAUCAGAAAAGGCAAUGAAAAUAUCGUCCGACGCUCCGUCAGGGGGUUACUGUCAUGUCUGCACAUACGAUUGGUCGCCUUUUUGGGGAACAGCAUACGACAUCGCGCUCUUUCUGUUGAUGUACAUUCUGCCUCUUCUGAUUCUGUUUGCUACCUACAUUCCGAUAACGAUAAAAUUAUGGGCUCAUCGGGGUCUUGGUGAAGUAACGCACGGACAACGUGAAAACGUAAAAUCGAAACGCAAGGUUGUCAAAAUGCUGAUUGCGGUGAUGCUCAUAUUUGCAAUUUGCUGGCUGCCCUAUCAGCUGUUUUUCCUCAUUCUGCGUGCACCAAUCGACCACGAACAUCCAAGUUUGCCUUCAAUAUUUAUUUUCUGCUACGUUCUUGCCAUGAGCAACAGCAUGUACAAUCCAAUCAUUUACUGUACAAUGAACCGCCGGUUUAAGAACGGCUUCCUCAAUGCAAUUGGAUGUCUUCCUUGUGUAAAGCGGUAUCAAUUGAACACCCAACGUUCGCGCUUGCGUCAGACUUACCAAUCGGCCUUACCCUCCCCUGGCUUUACGAUAGCCAUAAGUUUUCUUUCAAAGGACCUAUGGGUUCCGCUUACCUACAAACAGGAAAACAUUAUUGAUAGAAUCAUAGUUUAUAUCCCAGAUCAGCACCCGAAAGCCCCGUCCUUCUGUAAUACAGAACCGGGUGAAAUAACCAGUAAACAAUCUGGCCAGUAUGAAAGAAAGGAAAUAUGA